ACACGCACACAGUGAUGUGUGGACAAGUCGUGCUCGCAACCGUUUUAAAGAUUUAGGAGCACAGAGCCAAGUGGGGGGUUGACAAUACCCAUACGUGAACACACACAACGUUAUCUCACCUACAAAACGUGCAAACCCCGAUAAUAAGAUAAAGCGAGACAGUGACAGACAAAAUGGCGUUUAUUAUUCUGGUGCAGUGGUAGCAGUGCUCGCAAGAGCAGCCACAGCGGGUGUUUAAAUUUUGCUAGGUCACUAGGUUGGUAGGGAGAGAUUGUUAUUGUUGGCAUUACUUUAUAGUUUGUUGUUGUUGUUGUUGUUGCUGCUGCUGUUAUUUUAGAAACUUGUACGACAAAGUAUAUCGCAGGUCACAUAUAUCACCUAGAGCACUAGUGACAAACUGAUCCUGAAGGGUAUGGAUCAAACGUACACGUCUACCACCAGAAGACGUGGUCACCAGCACCAUCCGCGACAUGCGACCAGAAGAAGACUCGAUAUUUCCAACAGAGGACCCGCGCAGUGUGGCCCAGUUGGUGUUGAUCAACAAAAUCAACGUAAUCUAGAAACAGAUGACAAAUGUUUAAAGUCUUUGACGUUAACUCUGUCUUUGGAUCACUGUCCUGACAGCAUUAAAGUACCAGGACAAUUGGACGGUGAAUUUAAUGAUUCAAUUGAGACGGUCCAAUUACGAGUAAAGCCCGCGCAGUGUGGCAGAUCCAAAGACACUAGAGAGUCUUCUGCUAAAAGUCUGAGUCGCAAAGUCAGGCUUGAAUUUAAUGACACCAGCGAUUGCAAUAAGAGGAUAAGUGAUGCUGGUGACGAGGAAGUAAAUAAAGAGACUACGAGUCCGGAGCCUGAGCACGCGGUCGCGAGGGCUCGCGGUGACGGUCAUUCAGACGAUGAAACGCCUAAUGAAGAAGACCCUGAACUGGUCGAACUCGCGAAGCUGAGGUGUCCUAGUGAACGGACAGAAGUCACUGCUGAGAGAGAGGCGAGAAGGCGCAAAAGAUGCGCUGACUAUCCCGGUCUGGCCUUCGGGUCUUCGAUAUUCUCCAGUGACACCAUGAUGAAGUUCAGUCUUAUCAGAAAUGAACUCCAGAAUAUUAUGGGCAAUCAGCUCAAGAGGGCUGAAUCAGAAGUAGCAGCCCUCAAUCGUCGCAUCCAGUUGCUCGAGGAAGAUCUUGAAAGAUCUGAGGAGCGUUUGGCAACAGCAACCGCUAAACUAGCAGAGGCUUCUCAAGCCGCCGAUGAGAGCGAACGGAUACGCAAGGCACUCGAAAAUCGUACAAACAUGGAGGAUGACCGAGUUGGAGCCCUGGAACAACAGCUCGCCCAGGCCAAGUUAAUUGCCGAGGAGGCGGAUAAGAAGUACGAGGAGGUCGCAAGGAAACUAGUCAUGAUGGAACAAGAUCUUGAACGCGCUGAAGAAAAAAAUGAACUUUCUGAAUCGAAAAUUGUUGAGUUGGAAGAAGAAUUACGUGUUGUUGGUAACAACCUCAAGUCUCUUGAAGUAUCAGAAGAAAAGGCGACACAGAGGGAGGAAAAUUUCGAGGGACAAGUGAAGAUCCUUGACAGUCAACUUAAAGAGGCUGAAGCACGUGCUGAGUUCGCCGAGAGAUCGGUUCAGAAAUUACAGAAGGAGGUCGACAGGCUCGAGGACGAGCUGACUAACGAACGUAGUAAGUACAAAGCGAUCGCCGAGGAGAUGGAUCAAACAUUCGCCGACCUCGCGGGAUAUUAACCGAGGAUUUGAGUGAUGAGCGUGAAUAAAAUAAAAAUAAGAAAAUGAACAAAAUAAAUAAUACUAUCGUCACGCUCAUCAAUAAAAUAUUGACACUGCCAUGAAAGUUAUCGUGGAAGAUUACGCAGCUAUCAUCACUUAUUAUUAUUAUUCGUCCAUUCUACUCCCAGUCUACAUAAAAAAUCUCCAUGCCAACAAUUCUUUAGUCUGUCCUUAAAUUUUUAUCGUUAAUUUAUUGUACGAUUUAUGCAUUCCAAUGACUCGACUGAAGAUGUUUUUAAAUUUAUUAACUAAUCGUCUAUUUGUUGUUAUUUAUUAUUAUCAUUAUGAUAACAAUUAUAAUAAUUAUUUAAAAAUCAACGGCGCUUUCAUAAAAUAUCAUUUGUAAUCUAUAAGUUAUUGUUGUUAAUUGGAAUUGCUUGGGCGUAAGUUUAUUAUUUUAAAUUAAAGUACAAAAUUAUUUAGAGUUAAUGUUUAAUAUUAAAAAUGUCAAUUGCUUUUUUGCGUAUUUGCUAGCGUAGAUAAAUUUUUAAUAAAUAAAUAUAAAGUGUAAUUUUUAAAUAAUGUAAGAAAGGGGCGAGUUGGGUCAGUUUUAUUUUUAUCGCCAUUUUUUUCUCAAAUAUUUUCCAAGUUUUUGUAAUAAUCACCAGGGUAAAAUGGACCGCUAAAAUAAUUUAUUUUUUUAAAAAUUUAAACUUCCCGCUUUUUUUCAAAUUUCAUAAAAUUACAAAAUGUCAAUUUUACGUCAUCUUUCAUCAAAAUUUUAUUUUAGAAUCGGUUACUUAACAUGACCUAUUUUUUACUACAACUGUGACGAUAAACGUGUCCAUUUUACCCCGUCAUUGGCCUAUUUUACCCUAGAGUUUUAAAUUAAAUUUUGAAUUUAUUUUUAAUUUUUAUUGGAAAAAAAACUUACUGUCCAUGUUACCCCAUCUAGUAUUUACUAAAUAAUAAAAUUUUUAUAACAAAAAUAAAUAAAAUUACUGACCAUUGCCCCAAACUCUGACUACUAAAUGCUUUAAAAAAAAAAUUAUAAAUCGCUUCCCUCUUAAUUUAAUUGCAAUUAAUUGUAGAUAUUUAUAAUUUAUAUUAAUUACUUUUUUUUUUUUAAUAUAAAUUGUAAUCUGGUAAUUAUCGCCGAGUGCCUAUCCUCAUUAACGCGAAUAAAUAUUCGCCGUCGUCCUAAUAUAACGAAACAUUAAAACAAAAAUACAUUUCGUAAUUAAUAAUAACAAUUUUUUAAGACUAUAAUAUUAAUA